GUUGAGGCAGAGUGCUGCCGGACGAGAGCCGGGAGGCUGUGAACUCUCGGCAGCAGCGGCUUGGACGGGGUGACUGGGCUGCCACCGACCGCUAUGGGCUACUUCAACCCGAUGUCACAGAUCAGGCUUUCUUAUCUUUACGAGGCCAAGUUGCUAGCUCAACGCUCAACCCAGCACGGAUGGAAAGCGUGCAAGGGAGCCAGUUGGAUUCGAACUCGGGAGCCUUCUCUCCGAAGUCCGGCACUGAUGCCACUACGCCACCAGCCAGCUGCUUUCCGAGAUAGGUUUAUGAAUAACAGACCUCCGGCUAAUUCCCGGUACCAGCCCACUGCCUAUGAACAUGCUGCAAACUGUUAUACACACGCAUUUCUCAUUGUUCCAGCAAUUGUUGGCAGCACAUUGCUUCAUAGGCUAUCAGAUGACCGGUGGGAGAAGAUUACUGCCUGGAUGUACGGUGUGGGGCUAUGUGCAUUGUUCAUCGUCUCCACUUUCUUCCACAUAAUUGCAUGGAAGAAGAGUCACUUGAGAACGAUGGAACAGUGCUUCCACAUGUGUGACAGAAUUGUCAUCUAUUUCUUCAUCGCAUCUUCCUAUGCACCAUGGUUAAAUCUCCGAGAGCUUGGGCCCCUGGCAUCUCACAUGCGUUGGUUCAUUUGGAUUAUGGCAGCUGCUGGCACCAUCUACGUCUUUUUAUACCAUGAACAGUACAAGAUUAUUGAACUGUUGUUUUACUUGACAAUGGGAUUUUCUCCAGCUGUGGUCGUAGCAUCAAUGCCCAACACCGAGGGGAUCCAGGAACUGAUGUGGGGCGGCAUGCUGUACUGCCUGGGAGUGGUGUUUUUCAAGAGUGAUGGGAUCAUUCCUUUUGCCCACGCCAUCUGGCACAUCUUUGUGGCUCUGGCUGCAGCAGUGCACUAUUACGCCAUCUGGAGAUACCUGUACCGCAGCCCUGCAUCGCCCAUCUGGAAGGACUUCUAGCCCGUGUGCUUUCGGAGCUAACUGGUGAAUUAGACAUUGGGUGCAAACAUCCCUUCGUGGCAGCAGGCUGAGAGGAGCUGCCACAAAUGUUCAAACAACCUCCAGCUUCAAGUGAACACAAACUUGUUGCCUGGAGGCUGAUGGGCAGUGAGUGGCAGUGGUUGUUGGGUAGGUAGGGAUCCUCUCGGUUUGCUCUUCACAUUUGUUUUCGCAAUUUACUUUCUCCCCCACCAAUGUAAUGGAGCUUGAAGAUAUCAGCUUUCCUCAACGAUGUGGACAUGGACACAAUUGACUAGGUUUCACUGUGCUCUGUGGAAUUUUGUAUUUGGAAAGUGAAGCGCAGUGAAUAAUGCGAGGGCUGAAAUGAACACAAACAAUUCUGCAGGGUAUCCUUUUUAUAAAUAACUAAGUGACUUGUGGUCUUGUGGGCAUUAUACAGUUUGACUCAAACCUCCACUGAAAAUCAAACUGAUACAUUCCAGUUUAGUGUGGCAUUUUAUACCUCGGUUUUCAUUGGAAAACCUUAGACUUGCUCAGUUGUUGGGGAAGGGCUUUGGGUGAGCUGUUCUUUACAAUAUGUUCGCUGCUGACAGACUAAUUGAUACUAUAUUUCUGGGAGCAGCAUGGGCUGCUGAAGGGGGUGGAUUUUUGAGAAUCUCCAUCAGGGUUGUGUAGUGUGCAUGAACAGUAUUGUAAAUUGGGUUCUCUCGGUUCCAGCGACAGGCUGGCAAUGAGGAACACAACAAAAGCACUUUUGUUCUGAUUGAUGAUUCUUUGCAAGAUGACAGGCAGCAAGCCACUCUCAUAUGUGGAAGCUGUUUAGCCACGUUUCUGCAGAUCUCUGCUACCAAGGCAGUGGGUUAACUGAAGCUGUCAUCAGACUGUUGAUCAGGAGAGAUUCUGAUUUACCUCAUUUUUGUAACUGAGCAGCAGCCUGUUCUCUCUGGCUGUCUCCUGUGGGUUCCACCACACUUUUCGGCUUUGUACACUAAGCUGGGCAUUAGAACUUGAUUUUCCUACCACAUCAACUGAAAGAGUGAACUAAACUUAAAUAAUAAAUGGUUUACAUUUUGUGAAAACUUUUCCCAACAGUAUGAAAGUAUGUUUUUAUAGGCAGCCAACAGAUUUUUGGAAAGUGGCUCUUUCUUAAUUGCAGCAAGUUAGGUAGGCAAGUUAUUCUGGGCUGACUGCAGAGCUCAGUCUAAUUGUCAUUGAACAAUUUCUUCCUCAUCCUAAUACAGGCUGCAGCUCAACUCACAACCUUCACUGUGCUAUGGAAGGUGUGAGACCAGUUCAGGCGCAUGCCAGGAGUGUUACCAAAGGAGAUAAAAAUCUGGUCAUCAUUCACCCUGCAGUGGGGAAACCCUUACAACAUCAACACAAACACAAUGCUGGAGGAACUCAGCAGGUUAGGCAGCAUCUAUGGAGUGGAAAAAACAGUCGACAUUUCGGGCCAAGACCCUUCAUCAAGCCCAAAAUGUCGACUGUUUAUUCCCCUCUAUUGAUGCUGCCUGACCUGUUGCGAUCCUCCAGCAUCUUGUGUGUGUUGCUCUGGACUUUCAACAUCUGCAGAGUCUCUUGUUUUUCCCUUACAACAUCAUCUGAAUUGCAGACUUUGCUACCUGUCCUCAGUUGGUAUUGUUUAGAGGGAGUGGGGUGAGGGUUUGUGAAUCAGCUUCUCACUUGGUGAGUCCAACCAGCAGAGUGUGAACCUGUAUGUGUCUCUGUUACACUGGCUCUGUGUGCUGCAUCAAAUACCUCAAUGGUUUUGUUUAGAUUUCAAAGGUGCUUUUUUGUCAAAACUGAAAUCUAGAUGGUAUUUUUUAACAAACUCUGCUCGCUAAGUGAAAUUACUAAGCUCAUACAACUCGAAUUACAGAAAGGAUCCCUACUCUACUAGGUGCUGGGAGGGAGUAAGGAAUUUAAUGGGGUAUUUCGCUCAAGGGGGUAUGGGCAGUGGCACUUCAGCAGGGGUUUGCUCUGUUGAGGUGGGAGUGGAAUCUAGCCCUGUUGAUAGAGUGGAGGAAUCAUUAGUCUUUACAUUAUUUUCCAAAGUCACCCUGGUCAUCACCAAAUGAUGGAGCACACAAGGUAAACCCAGGGAAUUAGCCUGGGAAAUACGGACCAAGCGAGAGAACAGGGUAUUUUCAUUCAGAAACCGUCGGCUACAAAAGAGGAUGCAAGUAAUGGAACACACUAGGUAGAAGUACCUCUAAAGGUGCCUAGAUUCAGCUCUGCGACCCCAGCGGUAUCACCUCGACCCCCUUGUCACAUGCCCUGAUGCCAGUUCAAUCUGCUGCAUGUGUCUUUAUAUGAGUCCGUGAGUGUGAGUGUGUGUGUGCGUGUGUGUGUGUGCGUGCGUGCGCGCGCGUGUGUACACAUCUUUGUGUGUGUGUGUGCAUGUGUCUUUGUGUUUGAGGGAGUGUGUGUGCAUGUACACAUUUUUGUGUCCAUGAGUGUGCGUUUGCACACGUGUCUAUGUUUGAGAGAGUGUGUGCAUGCGUGUCUGUGUGUGUGCGUGUGCCAUGUAUCUUCAGACAUAGUGAAUCACUGCCUUUUGUGUGUGCUUUCCAAGCCAGGGGGAGGGAAUGGAUUUUUUCUAUCCAUUGCUGUCUAGUGGAAAUGGGAAGCUACUGCACAAGGUUCAAUCCACGAGUGCUUGCUGGGCACAGGUUCACUAACUGCUGUUAGGGAUCCUCACAACAUUGGUCAUACAUGGAGGAAAAGGAGGGCUUGCAAGUGAGCUUGUGAUGUUUCUGAGAUGCUGGCUUCUGAACAGUUUUCUUAUUUUAAUCAGGAUUGUGUGUACAGAUUUGUGGUUUAUUUGGUAUAGAUUGGUGUAUGCCAAUGUUUUAUGGACAGGGUAUUCUGAUUUUAUAUUCCUGAUCCAGCUGCUGUGAUCAUAAACUGUGAAAUGAUUACUGAGUUUACAAUGACUGCUGGACCUGGUGUCUAUGUACAGUAUGCUGUGUCGGUAUGUGUACAUUUUCUAUACUUAACUAGUUCCUGUGGCUCAGUCAUAGACUAGCUAAAAACCUCUGCUGUAUACAGGCUUUUACAUCAGCGUGCCCUGGAUUGCUGGUUGACUGGGCUUCUCAGGUCCCUAUGUGAAUUUGGAAGGCUGGUUUGGGAACAUUUGGGACAAUGGGACUCGUAGCUUAAAGGUGGUGGGUGAAACUGUGAACGUGGAGUGUUUGCACACCUUGUAUUGCAGGUACUGUGCACAUGGGGCUUACCAGGGAGGCCCAUUCGGCAAAGGUAAGCUCCUGCUUCAGACAAGUGUUAAGUUGAAAUUCUGUGCAAUCAUUCUGUGACAUUGGAGGGUGACAGCAGCCUUAAGUCCCACAGCUGCCAUUUAGAAAACAAGAUCCCCUGGCAUGCUCUAAUAUUGAUGCAAUGUGGACAAUUCUGACCAGAGAUGGUCCACUGUACUUGAAACUGCACUGCUAAUGUUUUAACUGAACUGCAUUAUGAUCAAACCACUGAUAGAGAGGGUGUGUGCCUGUGGCAGUGCUCUCUGCUAUGGCUCAGAAAUGUUAAACUCUCUGCUUCAAUGCUGGGUUGUAAGUUUAAUUCAUAUUCAUGCCAUUAUUGAACUCCCAUUGUAGGUCUGUGUAAUGUGUAAGGAAUCAAUAUCGUCUGCCUUUUACUGCGAAUGUGUUGCAUAUUUUCUACGUACACAUAGUGUAUCUCAAUAAAACAGACUGCA